ACGCGCCCCUCGUCGAACGCCGGCGCAUACGCGUGAGGUGACGCAGGCCUUAGCAACGCCGUCCUUCGCGACGCGGCCAUGUUUGUAGUGGGCACUGCCCUCGCUCGCCGGCGCUGCGGAGGGAGGCCGGAGGAUGGGGACCAUGGCCCUGGAACCUGCACCUUGCACCAUCAAAAGCCCCGUGGCACUUCAAGUGGGAGACAUGAGGACAGAACUUGGCCGGCCAGGAGUGAUAGUGACCGACGUUGUGCUCCCUCAUUCCCAGGUCAUUGAUUUACAGGAAAUUAUAUUCAAGAAUUACUAUACAGCCUUUUUUACUCUCCGGGUGCAGCGCCGCAGCCUUGCAGAUGGAGGAAAUGAAAGCCCUUCCAAAUGGGUUACAUGUCUGAGGAACUACUGCUUGAUGCCCAAUCCACACACAGAGGAAGGUUCUCAGGACUACUUCUCCUUGUCUAGACAUCAGAUGCUUUGUGAUGUGGAUCGGGUGGCUGCCAUACGUCUUAUUCUGCGCCAACCCUCUCCAGUAUGGCUGCAUUUUACCAUUGAGGAGCUGCAGUUUUUCCCUGGAGGUCUGAAGAGUCCACAGAAAGGCUUUCCAGCUUGGCUCUCUCAUCCAUCUCCUCAGGAACGGCCAGCAAACCUGCAUGAGGAUCUGCCUGAUGCUGAUAAAGUAUCUUCUGAAGUGCAGCAAAUGUGGGUCCUAACAGAGAUGCUCCAAGCCAGCCAGCCAGCAUCACGGAUUGGGCGCUUUGAUGUUGAUGGCUCCUAUGAUCUUAACCUCCUGUCCUAUACUUGAAUUCUCCCUGAUCCAGAAGUAGGCAAGGAAUCUCAGAGGUGAAUUUACUGGAUAGCAUCCCUGCAAUUGUGGGACAGUUUUGUGGCAGAAGAAGAAGUUGAGUUAAAUCUGCCAGCUUCAAGUUCCAGUCCUUCCCCUUUCUGUUGUUCAGAGAUGUCUUCACUGGAAUCUCUCUCUGUCUCCUCUCAACUAGGUCACAUGUAUAGAACAUUUUUAUUUUGCACUAGACCAGGAAAGGUUGGAUUACCUGGACAGAAGGUGCCUUACUUGGGGUUUUCAUCUCCUGCUUUGCUUUUCCAAGCCCUGCUCCUUCAUGCAUGUUUUUAAAGGACAAAACUAAGCAUCUUCUUCAAGAAACUAGUACACAGUGGCAGUUUUUCAUUUUGUUAAGGGAAUGGCCUUGAGAACAUGUUGUUCCUCAGUCCAAUGCUUGGAAUUCCAGAGAAACUAGAGUUCAGUUAUGAUUUUCUUAGCUGUGGCUACCUCACAUGUAACCAGAGAGUGUCAGUCUUUUAUUUUCAGUAUUUUGGAAACAGUGAGAGAAACUUCUUGAAAGCUUAUUGGGUCCUUAUUAUUCCCAAAGAAAGGAUGGGAAGCAAGUGUUCAUUUAGGUGUUUCCUGGCUCCUUUGUGAGCAGUAAUUAUGAAUGAAGGGCAGUCCAAUAAUAUUUGUGUGAGCACUUGGUGCCUUGUCUUAAAAAAGAUGAGAACAAGCUAGCCACUGGUCUAUUAGUCCUAGACUUGACAUCCUUGAAGCUAGCAGUGACUUUAACUGCAAUAGUCAACAGUUUUGUGUAGCAAAAAUAUAAAAUGAAAGUGCUAGCUUACAGUUUGUAGGUCAAAUUGUAGCUGUAUUUUGAUUUUCAGUUGAGCCCCCUUAUGAUUUCUUAUAACAAUAUACAUUUCAAAAAACAAAGUUAUGUUGGGAAACCUGCCUGCAAAUGUUUUGGAACAUACCUUAUAGAAAGUCAAAUUGCAUCACAAAUAGUUACCACCAAUGUAUUCCUUAAACUUUUUGUUAUUUAUUUUCUAUUCCAAUUGCUUAGCUGACCUCUGUUGUCAAUCAUUUCUGCUGGCUGACCAGUUGCACUCCGACACUAACUGUUGAGAAUGGCAAUUGAUUUUUAUGGGGAAAGUCUGGGUUCAGAUUUCUGCAGUAUUCCUACUUUGAGAAAGGACUUUCAGCUGACCUAUUGGCACAGCAAAACUAAAGUUGCCCCUCUAAUGGCUACUGUGUCCAUUUAGGAAGAGAAUAUUUGAUCUCUUUCCCUGUUUCUGUUGUGGCACUCUGCUCACAGACAAAUGUUUAUUUUCUUGUGGUGAAUUAUACUUCCUGUAGUAUCUGUACAAUCUGUAGUCAUCUGAUGCAGUAUACUGCAGGACAGAAUGAAUUACUACAGUAUGAUCUGCAGCUAUUGUAUGUUUUUAAUGCUGGACAUUAGAUCUCAGGAGGAACUUUACUCUGUUUCUUUUAUCUGUGUACUUUCUUCCCUGUUAUUUAUUAUGAACUAUUUAUGUUAUUUAUAGCUUGAAAGGACUGCACUGGUCUUCAAAACCAUUGUAUUAAAUCAGGGUUGAUGAUGUGUCAGUCUUUCUCUGCAGAAAGUCCCAAAUAAAUGAUAAAUCAUU